CGUCUGUCAUUUCAUCCUGGGUUAGGAGCCUGAGCUCAGCCCCAGGAGGGGAGGGAGGCCAUGGAGGUUCCUCUAGUCAACUUUGAGAACCUGGACGACAUCGGAAUCAACCUGGGAGACCCGAGUGACUCGGGAUAUCCGACCUCACCCACCUCGGAUGCCCCGGAACCAAACCAGGGGACCCGUGGCAUAAACUCACCUACACACUCACCUCAGAGAGGAAGACAGCCGCGGCACUCGACGGCCUCACCACCGACACUUAGCAAGAAGGGAACAUCAAGCUGCAACAGUCUGAUCUCCAACUGGAAGGUGCUGAUGAGCAGCGAGGGUAGUCCCAACGAGGCUCUGCUGGGAAAAGUAGCCAAGGAUUGCUGCGAGGACUAUUUUGCGGAAAAGGAGAAACUCGAGGAGGGCGAACAGAAAGUGGUUAUCAAUGUCUCAGGGAUGAUGUACGAGACAACACUUAAAACUUUGAAUCAGUUUCCGGAUACCUUGCUGGGAGACCCCAUGAGAAGGAUUGACUACUUUGAUCCCAUGAGGAAUGAGUAUUUCUUUGAUCGCAACCGCCCCAGCUUCGAUGGAAUCUUGUAUUUCUAUCAAUCCGGAGGUAAGAUUCGGAGACCAGCAAACGUGCCAUUGGAUGUGUUUGCGGAUGAGAUCGUGUUUUAUCGACUGGGGCAUGAGGUAAUGGAACAGUUCAGGGAAGAUGAAGGUUUCAUCAAAGACCCUGAGCCUCAACUCCCAACGAGCGAGCUUCACCGGCAAUUUUGGCUGCUCUUUGAGUACCCAGAGAGCUCCAGUGCUGCCAGGUCAGUGGCCUUAGUGUCUGUUUUUGUCAUCACUAUAUCUAUUUGUAUCUUCUGCCUGGAGACUCUCCCGGAAUUCCGCGACGAGCGUGAAUUUAUGCCUGCGUUCGUCAACUUAACCCGUGACGCCAACGGCACGCUCCUGUCCCCUACGCCUCAUCCAAAGGCCAUGCUCUCAGCCUUUACUGACCCUUUCUUUGUGGUGGAGACUAUCUGUAUCAUUUGGUUCUGUUUUGAGCUUGGAGUACGUUUCGUAGUGUGUCCCAGCAAGAGCGAGUUUUUCAGCAAUAUCAUGAAUGUCAUUGACAUUGUGUCCAUUAUGCCCUACUUCAUCACCGUCAUAACAGAACUGAUGGCCGCCCACGAUAAAGACCCCGCCGCCAACCAGAACAUGUCUCUGGCCACGCUACGUGUCAUCCGAUUAGUGCGCGUCUUCAGGAUCUUCAAGCUGUCCCGCCAUUCCAAGGGCCUCCAGAUUCUAGGCCAAACCCUGAAGGCCAGCAUGAGGGAGCUGGGCUUGCUUAUUUUCUUCCUCUUCAUUGGCGUCAUCCUCUUCUCCAGUGCCAUUUACUUUGCUGAGGUUGACGAACCUGAUACUCAGUUCGUGAGCAUCCCGGAAGGUUUCUGGUGGGCUGUGGUCACAAUGACGACGGUCGGCUACGGCGACAUGUGCCCUAUCACGUUGGGAGGAAAGAUGGUUGGGAUCCUCUGUGCCAUCGCUGGCGUGCUAACCAUCGCGCUUCCCGUUCCUGUGAUCGUCUCCAACUUCAACUACUUCUACCAUCGUGAAACGGAGCAGGCAGAAAAACAAAUGAUUGACGCUGCUGCUGAGGCCGCUGCAAAUCAGAAAACCAGUUCUGAAGAGAAGUAUGAAAGCAAUUACUCGCUGGACAAGAGCAAUGGGAAUUGGCAGACAGGGAAAAAUGGCAUUCCAUGAGGUUUGGUAUUUCGCAUGACUAGCAAUAAUGACUAUACAACGAUGCACUUAGAAACUCUCGGUUUUAUGGUUUGACAACUGCUUAAUUUAGAGUUCUACAUACGUACCUAAUGCUAUGCAUAUACCAACAGUACCUUUGCAGAACGUGCUGUUUCAAAGGGAGACCUUAGCCAAAGGCUGCUAAAAACACCUUUGAUGGAUGACUAUAAAACCUCAGAAGCACUGUCUACUAAAAGGAAGCUAAAAAAAAUAGAAAGGAACAACCCUUUAAGGCUUUACAGUAAUACAAACUGAAAUGCACUGAACUGAAAAAAGGAAUAUGAACCUCAGAAGACGAAAAAAGUACUCAUGUCAUCAUUUGCGAGGCAAACGGCUGCGUUUGACUGAGGUCAAAACAAGCAUUUAAUUAAUCGCGAUUAAGUGCCUGUGUUGCCGAGUCCCUCAAAUUAAUGCCGAGGAAUCAUGAAUCUGCACUCUGAGCAUCCACCCAGCACCACCUUUUGCUGAUGUUGUCGUUCCUUUAGAGUUUUGCACUGACAUCACCUUUUGUCCCUGCUGCUUGUGAGAGAAAAAGCUUAUGCCAAACUGUUAUCCAUCUUUCAAUGUCACCGAAUGUCUCCUCUAACAGCCCUGGUUGUUGUCAUACAUAAUCAGGCCUGUUUGGAAUUUAAAUACAGUAUCCUACGCAUGCAAGUAUGUUAUAUUUGGAUGACCCACCGUGCUGUGGCAGCAUCUGCUUGCUGCUCGUCCCACAUUUACUUCUGCUGGUUCUAUUCUUGUCAACAUGCACACAGAAUGAGACGCAAGAAACUCUAUCUUUAGGCAGAGUGAGUUCAAAUUUUCGUACACACCUUUGCUUGGCAAUUUCAUUCAGUUAGGUUUAUAGUACAUCAUAUCUCGUCUCUUGUUUGACCGAAUGUAUAUAAAAAGCACUGAUGAUAGCUAGUAGGUUA